GUGUAAUUGCGUGACAUUCUUUUGUGGAAUAAUAACUCAUUGGUUAAAAUAAUUGUUAAUUUAUAAACCAGAAAAAAUGUAAAAAUUGAUUAGUUUAUCCAGUUUCCGCUCAAACUGAAAACUGAAUUUCCUUUUUCUUUCACAUUUUUCAUUAUCAUGGAUUCAAAGCUCAAAGCUGAUGGGCGGAAUUUGUGACAAACAACAAGGCACCAAGAAGCUCCAUAAACUCAAUAUCAGGACAUUCAAUCCAAAAGUAAGACCUGAAAUGGCUGAUGGAUUAAAUGAAAUUCCAGUAUGGGAGAAAACCUACGAAAAAUAUGACAAAAAGCAAUUAGCACACGAGUGUUCACGACUGCAGACGGAAAUUAAAGGAAGACUUGAUAGACUGAAGAAAGUAGAUGAAAGCCUUACAGAAAAGAAGAAAGAAAGCAAAGAAGUUAUCGAUCAAAUUACAGAAGCAGAAAUGAACUUUGCAAAGAUAAAUGAGACGUCUAAACUACUGAUCAACAGUUUAAAGAGACAGACAACUAUGCUGAAAGAAAAUCAUACUUAUGAAACAAAUAAAGAAAUUUGAUUGGAAGAAUUGCAGUACUCUUU